CAGGCCGGGUUCCUGGUCAUGAUCCACUCGCACGGCACCAGGUACUCCGUGUGCAGCGACGGGGUCUACAUUACACCCGGCCGGGCGACCUACGUCGGCCUUAAUGUGAUUGCACAGACAGGACUGCCGGCGCCGUACGCCAACCCCUGCAGGCGGGACUGGCCUUCGACGCUGCUACCCCACCUGACCUCGGACAGCAUCAGCUACACCAGGGAGGAGUGCCUCAACAUGUGCCUGCAAAUGAACACUCGCCGGGAGUGCGGAUGCCAAUCCCGGCUACUUCCGAGCCUGCCCAAGAAGGGCCGGUGGCCCGAACCGACCCGCGUCUGCAAAAAACAAAAAGAACUGCUCUGUGCCGAUAGGAUCGCAGCCGAGGAGACCAGCAAAUUCCUGGAAGAUCAGUGCCGCUGCUACCGGCCCUGCUUCGACGUCAAUUACAAGCGCGACGUGACGGUGACGGACAUUAGGCAGCAGGACGAAAAGGACGAGUCUACAAAGCAAAGUGGGCCUCUGGCUCGCCUGGUGGUCUACUUCAAUACCCUGGCAUACGAGCACAUCAGAUCGGUACCCAAGUAUGACGGCACCCGCGUCCUGAGCAACAUCGGCGGCAUCAACGGCAUGUACCUGGGCCUGUCGUUCUUCGUCCUCUUCCAAGUCCUGGACAUGGUCGUGAUGGGUGCCCUCAAACUCCGCACUAUGUGGCAGCGGGACUACAAGCGGCCACGUGCACGAGAGUAGCCCUCGCCGCUCUCGUCCUUGAGCAUAUCCUCCUUUAUUCUACAAAGCCUGUCAGAUCGCGAAAGAACGUGGUCGCUGUAGAUGGGAAAGAAGAUCAUUGAAGAGGCAGCUAGCAGGGGCUAUCUCCGGCAGCGCCACACAAUGCCCCAGAGGGAAAAUCGGAAAAC